CGCGGGUCUUUGAAACUUUAACAUCGUUUUAAAAUUAUUUUUUUGUGUGUGAUUUUAUUUUUCACAUAGCACAGAUCGGAACGGAAAAGAAAAGAAGAAAAUAUUUCCAAGUUUAUUCAACUCAAAUUAUUUAAAAUUUGAUUCGAAAUUUACAAAUUUUUAAAGUGUUGUCAUCAGCGACUUUCUUAAAAAUUCUCAUUAAUUUCUGCGAACGGAAAGUUAUGAGAGACGUGAAAAAAGUUAUUUUUAUUUAGCGAAACAAGUUGAGUGAGAACGAGACGAAGUGAGAAAGAAUCAUAGCAAAAGAAAAAUAAUACGAAAAUUGUCAUACGUAAGAAGCAGCCAUAAUGUCCAAUCAACUCUGGAGACGAACGAUGCCGGACUGGAUUGGAUCACAAUCAGAUAGAGUUGGUCCCCCACCACCACCAUUGCCAACAAAAAGAAUAAAUCCUGAUCCGGACUAUGAAACCAUUGACUUUUCAACUCAGCAAUAUAGCAACGCAACACCAAAAAUGGCCGUAAAGGAUGUCAUGCAAGCAAGUCCUGCUGAUGUUGGCCUUAAAUGUGAAUUAUGUGGCACAAUUGGUCCGGUUAUUAAGUGCGAACAAUGCGUUAAAAAUUUAUUUUGCUACACAUGCGAUGACAUGUUUCAUCGUCAUCCCAAGAGACAGAAUCAUUUGAGGAAGCGUGUUGACUUGGGAAAUUUACGACCUCCAUUGCCACCGAAGCAAACUCAACAACCUCCACCCGUUGCUCCAGUACCGCCUCCAAGACGUAAUCGAAAAAGCUGCCUUUCAAGUCCAAUGCCCGAACGACGUGAUCAGGCGUUGAAACAGCAACAACAGGAGCAACAGACAGCGGCAUUUAAUGCAACGUUGAAGGAAAAAUUGGAUAGUUUACAAAAAAGUGGAGGUAUCCGUAACCGUCCUCUGCCAGACAUACCGAUGCCAGGAACAAAAAGGAUUGAAAGGCCACAAGCACCUAUCACACCCAAAGAGGAAUUAAAGGGAAAUAUUUUCGAUGCAAUCAAAAAGCCACCGUCAGUGGCAAUGGAGAAAAUAAAGAAUUCGACAGCAGCCACACUCGAUAGAAUGGCAACAUUACAGGCACGAUAUCGACAGUAUAAAGAAACUAUGAACUCUGAUAAUUCAAGCGAUAAGAGUCGUCGAACGAGUAUCGCAUCAACGAUUGACAGCAAUUCAAUUCCGCAACUUACUAACCGUCCACCCAUACCAAAACAACAGCAACAACAAAUUCAGUCGUCAACAAAACCACCAGCACCACCACCCCAUGUCACUAAUAAUCAACAAUACCAGCAAAAUUGGCAGAAUGACUUGCGACAUUUUGACAACUUUCCCCAUCCUUUACCUGGUCUUCCUCAAUUUCCAUAUCCACAAAAUGUAAAUCAAUCGAAAAUGAAUUCUUUUAUGAAUCAGGCGACGGCCGUUAAACGACCAGUUCCGAUGCCAGGCAAUAAUUUGCAAGCACCAAGGCGCAACAUGAGUGCUUCUGUGUCAAAUUUAAAUCACAGUGGAACUGGAUAUCCUUCAAUGCCUAAUAAUUUCCAACAGCAGCAGCAACAACAGCCACAGCAGCAACAAAGUCAGUGGGGAUUUACGCCUGUAAAUCAAGCACAAUCCAUGGCACAGCUCAACAUGAUGCAAAACUCAUGGAAUCAACCGCAAUCGCAGUGGAUGGGCGGAGCCUUUAAUGGAUCGAACAUGAGUCUUAAUAUGCCACCACAUUUUAUGCACAAUAAUGAUCCAAACAGUAUGGGAUGGAAUCCUUGGAUGCAACAGUAUCCAUAUCCACAUCCAAUGAUGAAUAAUAUGCCUAACGGAAUGCCACCACGUUCGAGAGUCCAAUCACGAGUUCCAUCACGUGCAGCCUCGCCAGCAUUAAGUGUACGUUCGCGUCGUUCAAUGAUGAGCUCGAGACAACGAAAUAAAUAUGUGCAUCAAGAUCUCACAGACGAUGAGGAUUCCGAUAUUGAACAGCAUUUUACUGACGAUUCAAGGUCGCGCAAUAAACGGCUUUUAGACUUGAAGGCUGGCGGUAGACAACGAAGGAACACUGAAACAUUUGAAUUGGAUUAUCGUGAUAAUGAAGUCAUUACUCGCAUACAAAGGAUGAAGGAAAAGUCUAAAUAUAUCCGUGAGAGAAGAAGUGGUUCACUGACAAAUUGGCCAUCGACAAAGGAUCAUGACAGUCGCAGUGUAACUCCAUCAGAUGACGAAACUAGAAAAAUUUCAUCAAAACACCGCAAGUCGUCAUUAACAUCGCCAAUUCCUAAUUCAAAGAAAAUUCUAUCUGAUUCUGCAUCCGAAGAGGAAACAUCUGUAAAACCAUCAAAACAUACGAAAGCAAGCAGAAGUGACUACGAUGAGCAUGAUAGAAAUGAAAAGUCAAAAGUAUCGUCAACAAAUUCCCAGAAGGUGGCAGCAAAGAAACCAACAAAUGAAUCAGAUAAUGAUGAUGAUGAAGUAUUCGAGAGAGAACCGCAAACAAGAACCAGUAAAGGUCGACCACUUACUCUGUCGUCAACAACAUCUAAUUCUGUUGCAAGAGUUCCAAUUAAGAUGACAGAUGAUGGAAGUAAAGUCGACAGUUAUGAUGAAGAUUUUGAUGAGAAACCAGCAAAAAGUCAGAAGCAUUUAAAGGAUAAAAAGAAGGAAAAUCAUGCGGCAGCAGUGAAAAAUCAAGAUUCUACAUUGACAAGGCAUGAAUCAACGGCUAAGAGACAUGAAUCUCCCGAGAAGAGAGAAGAAUCUCCAGUUAGGAGACAGCACUCGCCAAUUAGAAAGUCUUCAGCUUUAAAAACUCAAGAAAAAAGUAAGAAUGAUAAUUUAAGGUCCACAGCCUCUCCAAAGGUCCAAGAACCAGCACCAAUUAGAAAAGCACAAGUAUCGAGUUCAAAAAUAGAGCCAUCAACUUCCAAAGCUCAUGAGAGAACUAAAACAGAAACUUUAAGGUCAACAGCCUCUCCAAAAAUCCAAGAACCAGCACCAAGUAGAAAAAUUCAAGAAUCCAGUCAAAAAGUUGCACUUUCAACUUCCAAAGCACAUGAAAUACCAGUAAAAAGUAAAUUGUCUUCUAAAAUACAAGAAUCAGCAACAACAAGCCAAGAAGUAACAUCAAAAAGUCAAGGAAUAGCAUCAAGAAGUCAAGAAGCAACACAAAAAAGUCAAGAAUCAAUCAAAAGUAAGCCAUCGUCCUCAAAAAAAGCAGACACAGCGACAACAUCAAAAAUUAAGCCAACAGUACAAAAAACAGCCAUCAGCGAUGAAGAAGAAUCAGAAUCGGACGAUGCACAAGCCUCCAAAGUCGUUGAAUUACCAGGUGGAAAUUGGGAAUGUGAGCAUUGUACAUUUGUCAACGAGGCGGACACAAAAGUAUGCCUUAUUUGUUGUAAGACUCGUGUCGAAGUUUUGAAGCAGUUGCCAGUUGAAGAUGAUAUUGACAUUAAUGAAAUUAAUGAUUCAAUUUCGCAGAAUGAAAGUGAUGCUAAGCAAAAAGUUGACACAAUUGAGAAUUUUAAUGUCUCAACGGAGCAACUGAAUGAGGACAAUGAAGACGAUGAAUCAGUGGAUGAGGAAGAAGAAGAACUAGAAAAUGUUGAGAAAGAAUCAAUUGAUGAUUUAUGGACUGAAUCAAGAGAUGACAAAGGAAUUGAUGUGGCAAUACCUCAACUUGAUAAAGAACAAGUCAUUUCAGAUGAAUUGAAUGAAAUGGAAGUAUUAGGGCAGGUCUCAUUGGAAUCUAAGGUGACAACAGCAACGGCAUCAACGAAUGUUGAGAUAUUAAAUUCUACAAAGGGACAGAUUAAAGUAUCGACAGCAUGUGGACCAUCACCCGACAGAGAAAUUGAAGAAAUUUUCUCAAAUGAAAAAUCAAUUCGUGUCCUUUCGCCGUCGGUGAUGCGAGAAAAUCAGCACAGUAGAUCGUCAAAAAUUUCAAUUGGGACAUCUCCGCCACCACAAAAUAUGUCGACUCAGACUUAUGACGCAUCAACGGCACCGCUUGAGAUAGAGACAGAAACUUUUCAACAAUAUCCGUCAGAGGGUCGUUUUGCCAAUCGUGGUCUUAGAAGAAGUCAUUCAUUUGCCACAUCGUCUAGAUUUAUGGAACCAUCAACGACACUUCCACGUUCAAUGAGCCGACAAAGUUUCUCGAGUGAAUUUCAGGAUUUUGAGGCAUUACGAUUUGAGAAUUUUAUAAAUUCACAACGUCGAAUGGAUCAAACAUCAAACACAUCUGCCGGCAUUCAAUUAGCAAAACUUUUACGCGAUGCUGAACAUUAUAAAUAUACAGCAGAGGAGCUGCAAGCAGCAUUGAAUCAUUGCGAAGGCGCAAAUCCCAUUCAAUGGCUCCGUGAGAAUUGGCAAAAAUUAAUUGAAACUGUUCAGCAUUUAGCAACAAAAUAUGGACAUGAAUUGAAAGUUAAUACGAUCGGUACAAUUUCGGCAAUAGAAGCACGUGAAGCACUCAGAAUGCACAAGGGUAAUAUUUGGCAUGCAGUUACGCAAUGCAUUGAGCAGCGGCAGAAAAAGUACAAUGAGGUAGCAUCGCGUGGAAAUUUUACACGUGAGGAUAUUGUAACGAGUUUAACAGCACAUCACGGUAAUAUGGAAUUGGCAUUAAUUGAAUUGAAUAAAACUCAAUUGAAGCCUUUUCUAAUGAAAAUCUGGGGACCACCAUCAGGUGUUGAUAAUGAGAGCGGAAAUGUUGCAAUGUUUGAUUACGAGACGUAUCGUAAAAAUAGCAGCUUUGGAUAUAAUAAUCGUGCAGAUCAUCAUAUAGACCCAAACAUUCAGGAUUAUUUAAAUAACAUCAUAUCGCAUGGCAAUAAUACGGAAGAUUUUUAUGGUAAGGAUUACUUUAGUCCAUCGCCCAAAUCAAUAAGCUUCCAGUCAUCAUCAUUAGAUGAUCCCAUAUACGAUGGUAAUAUAAAUGAUGAUAUUCUGUUUACAUCGGUCGAUUACAAUUCAGUAAAUAAUGCCAAUUUACUAAGAGACAUUCAGAGUCUCAUACACAGCAUGGAGCAGAAACAGACAAAGACACAGGCAAAUGAUAAUGUCACAAUGCUACAGAACAUUGAUAGUAUCUUGAGUAAUAUUAAAUUAAAUGAAUCGAGGCCUCAUUCACCUCAAUCAAAUUUGAGUGCGGAACCGAUAAGAAUGAAGAGUCCAAUUAUGUUUAAAAGUCGCAUUGGCAAUGAGGAUAAAGGCAGCAAUAGUCGAAAUAUAAUCGAUGAUGUAAGGAACUUUGUGUCUAAUAAUAUCCUUGACAUAAUGCCCGAUUUAGUUGAUCAGGUCAAGAAUGAAUUGACAAAUGACAUUGAGGAUGAAUUUUAUGAUACAUUGGAACUGGAUAAUAUGCAAGAUUACUUCCGGGAUAGGAAUAAUCAGGAAUUUGAUGAACGAAAUUCGACACCAGUUUUGAAACCUUUCGAUGAUUUACUGGAAUCAGAAUUAAAUGACUUUCUCCGUAGUCGACAUGAUGUUGAAUUUAAUGAGAGAAAUGCAGCAUCGCCAAUGCAAUUUAAUGCAACUAAAAGAUCCAAAGAGAGUGAUGAUGAACAGGAUCACCAUAUGGAAUUUUUGGCACAAAGGUAUGAGGAAGAAUAUUAUGAAGCUACGGAGAAUCGAGAAAAUGCAGCCGAGCAAGAAAUUAAAGUGGAAAUUGAUGAUAAUCAUGAAACUAUUGAGGAUGUAGAUGCGAGUGGCAAUUUUGGAAAUGGAGUUGAUUCAAAUGAAACUGACGGUCGUGAUUAUUGGAAUGAAUGGGUUGCUCUGGAUAAUCCAGUAGCUGAUGUAGAAGAAGUUGUGGUAGUGGAACCUCCUGUGUCUAUAGCAACUCAAAUUGAGGAUAUUCAAGAGCCGGAAUCUAUGGAAGUCCCUGUGGAGCCUCCUACACUUGAACAACCUCAAAUUCGCAAAGACAUCCUUCCAACAAUCGAACCUCUUAAAUACAAAUCCAGCUAUAACUUCAAAAUCCUCAGAAAAGCCACCAGACACACCAAAAAAGAGCGAGAAUUUAAGAGACGCAACAGCGUGAUUUUAGCUAAUGAAUUGCUGGGCCGACAUCAAGCAUCAACAUCUUCAUCCAUUAAUUCUCAGCUUAAAUCAACAGCUUCAAAUGUUGACACACAAUCCAUACACAACAAUGACUUUAAUGAUGCUGAAAAUAACAUUAAUCAUGAAAGUUUAAUAACUGUAAAUGCCGAUGGCAAAUCAGAUGCGAAUGAAAAUGAAAUUAAUUCUUCAUCCAUUAACGAUUCGAGUGCCGAGGAGCAAAUGAAAAAUGCUCAAGUUCAACAUAUAAUAAAUAAUGCUCAUGCUGAAUCAGAUGAGAAUGUUGCUGGCAGUCGUCGAAAUUUAGAAGAUAUAAUGAAUAAUGAAGCUGUGGCCCAUCCAAUCUUUAUUAAUGACUCAAACCUUUAUAUUGAGCAUCAAGAUUUUAGUACGAAUGACAAUUCAACGACCUCAUCAACACCCAUUCCACAAAGUAGCUCAAAUAUUUCCAUAACAACAAUCGAAUCUGAUGCAACAACGUUCACAAAGCAACCACAAAAUCUUUCAGAGCUUGUUGAGGAUACUCAGAGACUAAUCAAGCAAAUGAAAGAUGAAAUUAAUGCUAUUUAUGUGUCAGACGACGAUGAUGAUUUAACUGGGUCUGAUUAUACCGAAGAGGCUGAAGAAGAGGAUGAAGAAAAUUGGGUCGAUGACUUUGAAGACGAGGAAGAUGUUUAUAGUGACGAGGAAGAGUCUGAUUAUGAUGAUGAUGAUUGGUCAGGCGAUUAUGUCGAGUCCGAACAAGUUGAAACCGUAAAUGAUGACGAAGCAACAGUAAUUGAAGGGCCGAAGGCAACGACAGACAUAAACAUUAUUGUCACUGAUGAAACAGAAAGCAAUAAUACAGAAGCUGAACCGAUAAUUAUGAUUGGCAAUAUUCCAAAUGCUGUUAACGAGCCAGAAGCACAAAACAAUCAUAAUGAUGAUGAGGCAGAGAGUAGCAUUGUGCAUGGAAAAUUGGAAUUAACGGUAUUAUCGACAAAUGAGGUUAAAGUUGACACGACACGAGCUCAGAGUGAUAAUGAGAGUGGAAGUAAUGAAAGUUAUCCAACACCUUCCACCUCCGCUAGUGUAUCGACUAAUGAGGCUGAAAGUGUUGCAGAAAAUAAUGUGAAUGGAAUCGAUACAGCUACGACAAGCCAUAAUCAAAUUAAAGCAACAAAUGAUGGAAAAAUUGAUGCAGUCACUAAUGACAAUGAGAAUGAAUCGACUGUAAUUUACUUAAAGAGCCGAAGUGUCUCUCCAUUUGUCCCCAUUAGUACAUCACCAUUAAGUGCAUCGAAUAGUAAUUUGAAAAUUGAUUCUUAUAGUAAUGAAAGUGUUAAUAAAAUUAGCAGUGCUGGAAAGAAAAUUAAAAGGAAGGGUAAGAUGUCUCGAAGGCCAACGACACCCACCAACACAGCGGUUGUUGUUCAGAAUGGAAGUGCUGAGGAUGAGAAGCUAGAUGUAGAAGGUGGAAUUGACAGUUUGGGUGAAUCUAGUGUACAGGAACUGACGGAGAUUCUACAAAAUGUUUCUGUGUCACCAGCGACUGAAAUUGAAGAUAUAGCAACUGUUGACACUCCUGCAGCAAGUGAUAAUCCACCAAUCUUGGAUCCAGUUCCAUCAAUUUCAGCUUCUCCAACUCAGUCAGCUUCCCAAUCUUUAGAAACAUCAUCCAUAAAAAGUAUUGAAACCCCAACAAUUACAAGCGCAUCCCAGUCUCCAAACAAUACCCCUCAUGCCCCAUUAACUCCACCUGUCUCACCAAUUCCGUCUACAUCAACCAACCUCAAUCAAAUUACACCAACUAACGAGAUUAAAGUGGAUGAGAAUCCCAUAAAGGCAAUAGUGACUGAAGCCAUUAAUGACGUUAUUAGCACAAUUUCCUUUGAUGAAAUGGAAAAUAUUGUUGUGUCACAUGACGAAAAUGACAGUCAUUCACAAAUUGCCCGAAGCGACAACACAAUCGAUGACAUUGCUAAUAUUGAUAGUGGCAUGAAUAAUUUAACUGCGGAAGUUGUAUCGAAAGUUUUUGGCAACGACAAUGAAUCGAUAUUAUCCGGUAAUGGCUUGAAUGAGGAAACGGCAAUUUUGAAUGAUUUAGCGGGAGCUGUGAGUGUACAGCAUGAAGGUGGGACAACUCAAGAUGAUGCUGAAAAGUUGAAAAAUGGUGAUGAUGAAAAAUCCGAGUCAAUGCAAAUGGAGCAAAAUGACGUGUCACAAAUGUCAUUAAUAAUAAGUGUUGAUGCGAUGCGAACGGAACCAAAUGAGGAGGUAGAAGUCACACAAAAUGACACUGCAGAUAAUUCUCAGAUUCAAAAUUCUAUAAGUCAUAUUAUGGAACAGCCAUCAACAUCAAGCGGGGAUAAUGCUGUCGUCAAUAAGAGUUUAACUGAAGAGAGCAAUGUAACUCAAACCAAAGCAAAAGGUACGAUUCCUAAAAGUCGAAUACCCUCAAAAAUAAAGACAGUAAAAUCACAACCAACAGUAUCGAAUGAAACAAUCUCAAAAGAGUCAGCAACAGCUGAAAAGCAAAGAAAACAGUCAGUCGACAAUAGCAACGCAAAAAAGGACACGCCGUUGAGAAAAAAGUCAGUUGGAGGUCCAUUCGGUGGACUUUUGGUGACGUCAACAGUCAAGAAUUUACAAAAUCAAUUUUUAAAUAAGGCAACAGCUUCAACAUCUAAGCCACAAGUGACAAAAUUCAAACCAUCGAAGUUAGCUACACCAAAAGCAUUAACAAAAGAACCGCCGCAGACAUUUGCGAAUAAAUUAACAAAACUGAUAACGCCAUCAUCAAAAGUCGUUAAGAAUGUCGACGAUGAUGAGGAUGAGGAUGUAAAAGAAAACAAUAAUAAGAAUGAAAAGACAAAGACUGAAGAUAUGACACAGCAACAGAGAGAUUAUAGCAAGGACGUUGUACCCAAAAAGAAAUAUAUGGAACAUUGUUUCAGUGAUGAAUAUUCAACGACAACUGAUGAUGAGGAUGACAUUAAAAUAUCACCUCAAAGAGACCUUUUUAUUAAAGUGAAGACGCCUAGUGAUUCCGAUGAUGAAACAGCGGAUCAAAAAGUUAAUAGAUUCAUAAUGGAAGGUCUCGUUCCGAAUCAUUUGGCAGCUGAGCUUGCUGUUUCGCUUAUCGAAUUGAAAUAUCCUAAAGAGUCAGCAUUAUGGGUAUCAGGACAAGUAACAACAAUCGAGCAGGCAAUUGAACUUUUACAGCAAGAAUGUGAAUUGUGUACUGAUAAAUAUCCAUUGAAUCAAAUGAUAACGAUGCUGAAAUGUGAGCAUCAAUGUUGCAAAGAAUGUGCAUCAAACUACUUUACGAUUCAAAUAACCGACCGUUCAAUCAAUGAUUGUGUAUGUCCAUUUUGUAAAAUGCCAGAGCUUCAUGAUGUUGAUGAAGAUGUGAUUCUCGAGUACUUCUCAAAUCUCGAUAUAUUGCUGAAAAAUAUUUUACAAUCCGAUGUGCAUGACUUAUUUCAACGUAAAAUACGUGAUAGGGCUCUUCUGAGGGAUCCACAUUUCAAGUGGUGUGUUGAGUGCUCAUCUGGCUUUUUUGCUCGACCGAAGCAACGUCGUUUGAUUUGUCCAGAUUGCGGCUCAGUGACAUGCUCAAAAUGCAGAAAACCGUGGGAAAAGCAGCACGAAGGAUUAACAUGCGAGGAGUUUCUGGAAUGGAAAGAGGCUAACGAUCCCGAUUUAAAUGCCGAAAGUGUAGCAAAGCAUCUGAGAUUGAAUGGCAUUGACUGUCCAAAAUGUAAAUUUCGAUAUGAUCUUGCACGAGGUGGUUGUAUGCACUUUACCUGCACACAAUGCAAAUAUGAGUUUUGUUAUGGAUGCAAUAAAGAGUUUUUGAUGGGAGCAAAGUGUAAAGUGUCUCCGUAUUGUGCCAAACUUGGUCUACAUGCUCAUCAUCCGAGAAAUUGUUUAUUUUAUUUACGAGACAAGGAGCCGCAUGAGCUGCAAAGUCUUUUAACGAUAAAUAACAUCAAUUUCGAUACCGAACCACCAACAUCAUCAUCAUCAGCAGGUGAUGGUGCAAAGGCAUUUACAAAGUGUCCUAUACAAUUACAAAAGGAGUCGCCAUCGGGUCUUUUGGAUACAAUUUGCAAUAACGACGUAUCCGAAGGACACGCCGGACUCUGUAGAUGGCAUUAUGUUGAAUAUUUAGUUUCCGUUGUCUAUGACGCACAUCUUGACCCUUUACCAAUAUUAGAUCUCACUGAUUGCGUGCAAGAAUUGAGAAGACGAGGCAUUGCAUUACCGGAACGAGGACCAUGGGAUACAGAUCCAAUCUACCGUGAAAUGUGUCAAAAUAUUGUCAAAGAACAAAUCCCAUUGGACUCGGACUAAGGACGAGAGGAAUUUUUUUUUGUGUGCCGACAAAGUGUGAAUGGAAAUGGAAAAAGCAUAAAAAUUGAUUUUAAGAGAUUCAACCAGAUUCAACCCAACAGAAAAAGAUGUGAAAAUGUGUAGAACUUUUUUUUUUGGACUUGAUCCUUUGUGGUGAUUUUGUCAGAAUUUUUAAGGAGGUUUUCAAUUGUAAACUACUAGCUACUAGCAUGAAAUACGAUGUAUCUUAGAGUCAGGCUUAUCCUAAGACAUAGCUUAGAGUACGACCUAACCUUAAAAGUUUAAUCAAUGCUAUAGACUACAAAAUACAGCAGUAAACAACAAAGUAUGCAAAACAGCCCAACACCUGAUCAAUAAUUCUGACAAAACCCCCGACAAGGACUGUCGCAUUAGAGUAAUGUUGCGAAAUAAAAGAUUAAAGUUGUUCUUUAUGAUGCUUCAUCA